GUCUUCUGUCUCUCUGUUUCUUUUUGUUUUUGUCUGAAAAUUUCUGGGUUUGUUCUUCGCUUUUCAUUCGUAGUUACCACAUGAGAGAAAUCGAACUUCUUUUGCGUCAUUUUUUAUGUGGGUUUUCUGGUUUUCUCCGAUUUGGGUUCUUAGUUUUUCCUCUUGCUUUUAGUUUCCUUUGCCUGAAGGAGAAAAUCUGCAGGUCGAGAAAAAAAAAAUUCUGUAAAUGGGUUUUAGUUUUCUUGGAUUUUCACAUGAGUCGUUCGUUGUACUCUUAUUUUUUUCAAUUUUUUUUUAAUAUUUCUGUGUCAUUUUUUAUAAUCUCAAGUCUGAAGAACAAGGAAAAUAACUGUUUGUUAAAUAGACAUUUAAGGAACACAGAAACUCUCUGUUUCUUGUAAAUUAAGCAAAGAAUCUCGAACACAGAGACAUGUUCUGCGUUUUCGGCGAUGUUCUUCUCUUUUUCUGUUUCUUCUGCAGAUUCUGGGUAAUGCUUGAUGAAUCUUGAGGGAUCAAACCCAUCUCCAGAAUCCUGAAAAGACGAGAGCUUUGAACUCGGAUUCGAGGUAACAAGAAAUGGGAUGUUCUCAGUCGAAGCUAGACGACGAGGAAGCUGUCCGGAUCUGCAAAGACAGGAAACGUUUCAUCAAACAAGCUGUGGAACAAAGAACUAAGUUCGCUUCGGGUCACAUUGCUUAUAUCCAAUCCAUGAAACGCGUCUCGGAUGCUCUCAGAGAAUACAUCGAAGAAGACGAGCCACACAAAUUCUCGUUCGACUCGUUUGUCACUCCCGUGAAGAAACCGAGUCCCGGAGGAGGAGGUGGGUUCAUCACGAUCUCGCCUCCGAAAUUGAUUCAAGCUAAGCCGGGAUCGAGAAUGAAGGUUAAUUACUUGAUGGCAAGUCGAACCAGAGCAGUUUCGGUGGAAGAGAGGCCUCCUAGGUCACCGGAAACAUACCGGGUUGAUGCGUAUUCCCCAAGUAACCAAUACGGGGAUGCCAUUUUCGGAAUGAACAUGAACUCGAACUCUUCUUCGUCGUUUUGGAACGGGAUGAAUUCUCCCGAGGAGCAGAGGCCGAGCAGUCACAGUAUCCCGCCUCCUUCCCCACAGCAGAACUCGCAAUGGGAUUUCUUCUGGAACCCGUUUUCGUCAUUGGAUUAUCAUGGAUAUGCUUAUGACCGGAGCAGCGUCGAUCCUCAGACGAGCGUGGACGACGAAAUCAGAGGGCUGAGACGGGUUCGGGAGGAAGAAGGGAUUCCCGAGCUAGAAGACGAUGAAGAUGAACCUGAUGAACAUGAGAGGAGGUUUGUGAAUCCUCAUAACAUGGAAGCAAAACAAGAAAGAGGCAAAACCGGUUUAGGUUCUUGUAAUGAAGAAGUUACAGUUGAAGAUGUUGAUGAGGACGACGAGGAAGAUGAAGACAUUGAUGACGAUGAUGGUGAUGAUGCCGAGGAGGAGGAAUUUACAGACAGUGGCUGUGACUGUGAAACCGAGAAUGAUAACAACAAUGGUGAAGGCAAUGGGACCCAAGAACUGCGAAGCUUCGAGGUGUCCAGGGCGAAAUCUACAAGGCAUGUGGUCGGAGUUGGUAGCCAAGAAGUGAAGACGGUCGGUGAAGGAGACAAUGCCAAGUCAGAAACGCCCGGCUACACGGUGUAUGUGAACCGAAGGCCAACGAGCAUGGCAGAAGUAAUUAAAGAUCUCGAAGAACAGUUUGCAACUGUCUGUAAAGCUGCCAAAGAUGUCUCGGGGCUAUUGGAGGCUAGUAGCGCACAGUACUCAUCAUCAACCAGCGAACUCAGUGCCAUGAAAAUGCUGAAUCCAGUAGCUUUGUUCCGCUCGGGUUCAUCAAGGUCUUCCUCGUCCAGAUUCUUGAUCAGUUAUUCCGCUGUUUCGAAGGAGGGCGGGCAAGAAAACACAAGCGAUCUUUCAGAUGAAUCUUGCAUGCUUUCGGGUAGCCACCAGUCCACGUUGGACCGACUUUAUGCCUGGGAGAAAAAACUCUACGAAGAAGUUAGGUCUGGAGAGCGGGUGAGAAUUGCGUAUGAGAAGAAAUGCAGGCUUCUGAUGAACCAGGAUGUGAAAGGAGAGGAUCCUUCAUCGGUCGAAAAGACGAGGGCCACCAUUAGAGAUCUGCACACCCGGAUCAAGGUAUGGAUACACUCGAUAGAGGCUAUCUCCAAAAGGAUCGAGACACUCCGUGACCAAGAACUGAUGCCUCAGCUUCUCGAGCUUGUUCACGGAUUAACUCGGAUGUGGAAAGUGAUGGCAGAGUGUCACCAGAUUCAGAAGAGAACCUUGGACGAAGCCAAGAUGUUACUAGCAGGCACACCUUCUAAGCUUCGCAAGAAGAGACAUUCUUCUUCGUUACCCGAGACCAACUCUCACAGAUUAGCUCGAUCAGCCUUGAACCUUGAAGCUCAGCUUAGAAACUGGAGAGCCUGCUUCGAAACAUGGAUCAUAUCUCAGAGAUCUUACGUGCAGGCACUAGCCGGAUGGCUACUCAGAUGUUUCAGAUGUGACCCAGAUCCUGAAAAAGUCAGAUUAUCAUCUUUUCCCCACCCAUUAUACGGGAUCUGCAUCCAGUGGUCAAGGCUACUAAACGGAUUGAACGAGAAGCCAGUCCUAGACGGGUUGGAUUUCUUUGCAGCCGGUAUGGGUUCCCUCUAUGCUCAGCAGCUCAGGGAAGAUCCAAACCAGGUCGGGUCAAGGAGGUACGGACACGGGCCAGAGAGCAUGGAGCUUGUAGUGGUUGAGAGAGUAGAAGAGGAGAUGACUGCUGAGAAGCUGGCUGAAGUAGCCGUUAGGGUACUGUGUGCAGGCAUGUCAGUUGCAGUGAGUUCACUCGCCGAGUUUGCAAUUGGCUCGGCCAGAGAGUACAAGAAACUCGUCAGCCCACCGGAGGAAGCCGCAUUGGCUCACCGUUCCGAACAUAACGGGAUGUAAAUUUCCUUCCUUUUGUGUUAUAUUUGUUGAUUGAUUCUCGGGUUAGAGUUAGGGUUAGGGUUAGUUUUCUACUGAGAGCAAACAUAUUUUGCUACCAGAAGAUUAGAUUAGAUGGAUGGAUAUGUAUUAUAAAUACAUAUGCAGAGGAACCUGUUAACUGAGCCAAAAGUUCUUCAGAUUUGGUU